CGCGAGCUACCAUUCUUCUUUUGCAGUCCACAGACAAGAUGCCCACCAAGUUAGACGCAGCCCUUGUCGAACGAGCUCCAAGCUAGGAACAAUUUGUAGGCAUUAUCGCCCUGAAUUGGUGUAAUGCCCACCGCUGUGGUUGUGGGGAGCGACCCAGCCGCGCUGCACUGUGCUGCGAUCCUGCACCAGCAUGGAUUUGACCUUACGGUACUGGAAAGCAGCAAUGCCGUGGGCGGGCAGUGGACGCAGGCUUUGUACUCAGGAGGCUGCCUCGACCCGGCCUACGACGCCUGGCGCGAUGGGCUCUUCCUGGACUUCCCACUGGCGGCACCGCGGCUGCAGUCGCACAGCAGCGCCCGCGACGGCUUCGCCGCCGGCAGCACCAGCUUCGGCCGCGGCGGGGCCGGAGGCGGCGACGACCAGCUCGGCAGCCCCAGCGGCGACAGCAUGAGCGGCGCACGCGACGAUGGCGGCGGUGGUGGCAGCCUUCCAACCAGCCCCAGCAUCGGCCGCGGCGGCGGCGGCGGUAACGGGGCGGCGGGCCGCACCGUCAGCCGCUCCGGCUCGUCCGCGCGGCGCGGGCUGGCCCAGGCCGAGCCGUCCGGCCCGCCGCCGCCACCUGCACACGAGCUGCAGCUGCUUCACCACAUGCUCGUGUACAGCCACGCGGCCGGCAUCCACGCCAACAUAAAGCUCAACUGCACGCUGCGGCGGGCCAAAUGGACGGCCAUGAACGCCUGCUGGCGUCUGGAGCUGAAGAAUGAGCAGUCCAUGCAGCGCGGCCAGCUGUCCGCCGACCUGCUGUUGGUCUCCAAGUUCGCGGUGGCGGCGCCGCGGCUGCCGCGCCUGCAGGGCCGCGAGCUGUACUGCGGCACGGUGCUGACCGCCAACGACCAACUGCUGGAGGAGGGCGGCGCCGUGGUGCUGGAGCAGCAGCUGCGGGGGCGGCACGUGCUGGUGGUGGGCAGCGGCGCCGCGGCACAGGACUGGGCGGAGCACUGCCGCCGCUUCGCGGGCGCCGCGGGCGCGGUGGUGCUGCUGGAGGUGCAGGACGACGAGGCGGACCCGGGCCUCAGUCCGGGCCUAGAGGAUGGAGGCGGCGGCGGCCUGCUGUCGCGCCUCUUCGGCUCCUGCUGCAGGGGCGGCGGCGGCAGCGGCUCCAACUCGCCGCGGCGUGAAGAAUCCAAGCUAGGCCGGUUUAGCCCCGCGCGCUACCCGGCGCACACCCACGACAUCGCCGCCGCUGCGGAUGGCUCCAACGCCGGCCCUGCGGCGCAUCGCUCAGAGAUCGGCACGCCACGCCACGACAGCGCUGCUGGCACCUUCUUUAGCAGCGGCGCCAACGCGCUCACCAGCGGCGCGGGCAGCGCAGCAGCGGCGGUUGCGUCGCUGGUGCAUGGCGCAGGCGCCGACGGCGCCAACGGCGGCCCCGGCAGCGGCCGGGGCGGCAUGGGCGGUGGGGUGAUGAUGGGAAGGGGGAACCUGCGCGUGCACGUGGACCCGGCGGGGCUGCUGGCGGCGCACGCGAGCGUGGACAGCACCGCGGGCGUGGAGGAGGAUGGCGUGGUGCUGGAUCCGGGGCUGGGGCAGUUGGGAGGGAUGGAGCACCUGCGGCUGGGCCACGAACUCGCAGAGGAUGGCGAGGGCACGGCCGGCAGCGGCAACGGCAUUGCAGAUGGCGCGGACAGGCGGGACGGGCCGGGCCCGGCGUCCGGCGCAAAUGUGGUCGACGACGGCGCUGCUGGUGCUGCCGGCGGCUCGCCAGCGGCCGCCAACAGCCCUGGGCCGCGCCCGCCGUCCGGCGCCGCCAGCGGUGGGCAGGCGACGCCGCAGCGCGGCCUCAAGUCCUCCAACGGCGCGUUUGCCACAGGCCCUGGCGGCGCCGGCGUUGGCAACGACGACGUGGGGCCCAACGGCGUCAGCAGCCUGCGCAUGAUCGCGGGUGUGGGCGCGCUGCUGAACGGCACGCACGUGACGUUCACGAACGGCAACGAGGUGCCGGCGGACGUGGUGUUGCUGGUGCCGCUGGGCGGCUCCGAGCCCAGCCUGACGUUCCUGGAUGUGGCGGCAGCCAUGCGGGCGUCCAUGGGCGGCAAUUCGAUAACGCUGGCCGCGGGUGUGGACCUGAACAACCCGCGCUCGUUCAAGAACCGCACCAUCAGCGGCACCGGCUCCAUGACCGGCUCCUUCUGCUCCAUGCCGGAGGGCCUGUCACACGAGCUGGCGCCUGGGCUGUUGUACAGGGACAUGGUCUCCAACAGCCCGGCGGCGCCCAACCUGGCGCUGGUGGGCGUCUCCUCCGACGCCGCCGCGCACGACGCACGCGCCGCCGCCGCGCAGGCUGCCUGGCUCAUGGCUACGUGGGCGGGCCCGCACGGCAGCGGUGACGCCUACGACGGCGGAGACGCCAGCUUCCAUGACGGCGGCGCUGAAAGCGGCGACGGCGGCGGCGACGUGGCCCGCAGGGUUGACAGCGACGGCCACGCCGGCGACACAGGGUUCUUGCGUCAGGCGACGCCACUGAUGGCGAACGAGGACAUUGCGCUGCGGGCGCGGUGGCGCGCGGAGGCGGCGCGGUGCAAGGGCGGCGUGUCGGUGGGGGCACCUGGCGGCGGCGGGGGUGGGGGCGGUGGCGGUGCAGGGGCUAACGGCGACGGGGCAGGAGGCGGAGGCGGCUGUAGCAACGGCGUGUACCUGGCGCGGUACCUGCUACAGCUGCUGGACGACCUGGGCAAGCCCGUGCGUCCGCCUAAGGGGUUGCUGGGCGGCAACGGCGGCGGCGGCACCGCGGCGCUCGCUGCCGCGGCGGCGCAGCUCACGCGCGGGCGUGUAGCCAAGCUGCUCAACACGCGUCGGCUGCGGCGGCCGCUACACCUGGCUGACCUCACUGGCACCAUCAGCCUUAGCCGCGCCGCCAGCCGCAACAGCCGCGCGAUGCUUGAUACCGCCAGCCGGCUCGCGCUGGUGGCCAACGCCAACGCCAACGCCGCCAACGCCAACCCGUACACACGCUACUCGCGCCCCAGCCUGUCGCCCAGCCCGUCCGCCAGGCACAUGAGCCAAACGCGCGGGCACAGCAUGAACGGCGGGCCGGUCGGCUUUGGAAGCAACGUGCCGCUAGCGCUGAUGGGCAGCGGGGCCGGCGACGGAAGCUUGGGCCCCGGCGGCGACCGCAGCUUGGGCAGCGGGGGUCCCGGCGGCGGCCUGCGCACCAGUGCGCCGCUGGCGGCAAUACGCGACCGCGGAAGCGGGCGCGUGAUUGGUCCCGGCGCAAUGGCGGCGCUGGCGCUGGCGUCGGGCGCCGCCGGCGUGUGUGGCGGCGGCAGCAGCGGCGGCGCGCCGCCUGGCGGCGGCGGCGGUGGCUAUGAGUCGCCGGUGUACCGCAGCGAGGGCAGCUACAGCGCGUUCCUGCAGCCGCCGGCAUCGCGCGGCUCGCCAUGCAGCUUCACGCGGCCCGCGGGCUCGGCCGCGUCCUUCUCGCGGAACGGGCCCGGCGGCGGCGGCGCAGGCGGCGGCGGUGGCGGCGCACUGCCCACCAGCCCGUCAAGCGUGUUCGACGGCGCCUUGUAUUGCGUGGCUGAGCACCCGUCAGAGUCUUUGGCGGACGCGACGGCGGCGGCCGUGGCGGCGAUGGACGCCGAAGCUGCAGCUGGCGGAGGCGGGUACUAUGCGCCGCCGUCGCCGCUGAGUCCGACGCACAGUGGCGGCAACAGCCUGACCCACAGCGGCCGCGGGCGCAUGCUGACCGGCCAGCUGGCGAACCUAGCGAACAGCAUCGCCUCGGGUGGCAGUGGGACAGGCGCCAGCGCGACGCACUCUUCGCCCUUUGCGACCAUGACUGCGACCGGGCCCGCAGCGCCGGCAGCGGGCUCGAGCGGCCCCAUGUCGAUGAUGGACGAGGGCGGCGGCGCCAUGAGCCAGCAGCGGCGGCUGCAGAUGCUGCAGCGGCACCGCUCCACAAGCCGCCUGGCGGGCGUGUCGCACGCGAGCACAGGGCCGCCCAUGGCGCCAGCCACGUCCGUUACGGCGGCGCUGCCGAUCAGCACGGGCAGUAGCGGGCUCGGUGCCGCGACGGGAGCGAUUGCGAAUGCGCUGUCCUUCGGGAAACGCGGGCCGGCGGCGUCUGCGUCGCAGGUGUCCGUGGACCACUCCAUUCCCGACCGCCGCACCUCAUACUCGGGCCGGCCCUCCAACAGCCGCCGCAGCAACCCCGCCGGCCUCGGCGUGCUGGGCGGCGGCGGCGGUGGCGGUGGCGGCGGCCCCGGUAGCCUAGGGCUGGGCGGCCCCGGUGGGCCCGGCGGCAGCAGCGGCCGCCUCCACAACAGCACGUCGGCGCGGCACCAGUUGCUGGUGGCGGCGGCCAACAGCGCCUCACGCAAGCGCAGCCUCAUGUUGGCAGGCGGCUCGCCGUCCAUGAGUCCCGAUUCGUACAGCCCGCACGGCGGCGGCGGCGGCGGCGGUUUCAACGGGCCGUUGGGCCGGCAUAUUAGUAAUAACGGCGCCGGCGGCGGCUACAGCCCCACCGGCACGGCGGCGUACGGCGGCAGCCCCAGCGGGUUCCACCGUGCCCACAGCGAGGCACUCAAUCAGCUGCCGUACGGUUACGCAUACGGCGGCGGCGCCAGCGCCGCGGUUGGCGGCGGCGGCGCCGGCGUGCCCAUGUACGGCGACGGCGGCGGCCACGGCAGCCGCCUGCGCGGCUCCAGCAACAGCAGCCUGGCCAUUGGCGGCGGCGGCUACGGCGGCAUGGGCAUGGGCGCCGGCGCCGGCAUGGCCGGCGGUGGCGGCAGCGGGCUGAGCAUGAGCUACCUGCUGGCUGCGGCGAGGCGCGGUCCCGUCAGCGAGCCGUUGGGCAUCGACGGCGUGGUGGCCUUGUCGGCGCCCUCGUCGCCCGCUCGCAACAUCCCUGAGGAGUUGGAGGAGGAGAUGGUGGAGGCGCCGGCGCCGGCGACGGCCUCGCUCGGCGUCACGGACGCGCAGCUCGCGACGUUCAGCGGCGGAGUGGUUGACGCCGCCGGCGCGCAUACCGCCGGCGGCGGAGCAGCCGCCGCUGCCGCGGCUGCUGGCACCAGUGACGGCGCCACCGGGGCGACCGGCAGCGGCGGCACCGCCAUCGGCAGCGUGUUUGACGGCAGCAGCGCGGUCACGCUCACGCCGGCGGACACCGGCAGCCAGCAACCAGCGCCGGUGGGUGUGUCGCCGGUGGUUGGGCGCGACCGCCGCGCCGCGGCCCGCCGCCGCUCCAUCACGCUCCCCGACCUGCGCCUCUCCAAUAGCGGCACGCUGCGGCAGCUGCCCACGCCCAUGCUGCACAUGCGCGGCGGCGGCGGCGAGCCAGGCCCGGGGCUGGGCCCGCACCCGGAGGCGUACGAGGCCUUCCGCAGCCCUGAUGAGGAGCUCCUGGAGUACUCCGUUGGUCAGGCGCUGCACCAUCUGGAUGAAGAUGAGGCCGCCAUUGGGGCGGAGGCGCACGUCGCGCAGUUCCGGUCGCGGGGGGCCGCGGGCCAUGCCGGGGACUCCGCGGCAGAUGCGGUCCCAGGUCACGGGCACGCACACGCGCACGCACACAUGCACCCCCACGCCAAGACGCAUGCGGGCAUGGUGCGGGGGCCCAUCAGCGGCGACGGGUCGUUGGAGGAGGCGGCGGGCGUGAGCGUGGGCAUGAGCCCCGUCCGCGGCCGGGGGCCACCCAGGCCGUCGGGCGCGCCGUCGGGCGCCCAUCCCUCCGCGGCGGCGGCGCUGGCGCAGAAGCCGCCCGGCUUUGGCGGCGCAGACGGGACAGAGGCCGUCACUGCGCUCUGACACCGCAGCUGAUUUGUAGUUUGUGUGGGGUGGCAGUGAAAGGGUAGUUGUGGGCGCGCUGCGUGUGCUAGUGUUGUAUUGCGGAGGACUGGCACUUGUGGUUGCGGGGGGGCUCGGGGCGCACACCACCUGAACAUACGUAAGCACACAAAAUAAUCUGAGGUCUGAGAGACAUCGUAGCAGGGGACUCGCCCGGAUGCUGCCCAUAGCGCACGGCUUGUCGGUUGUGCGCCGGCACCCCGUGUUGCUGCUGUGGGCACGCCCAACAGUCACUCCUGCCGUUGGCUAGCAGGCUUCACCGCCUGCAGCGAGGCUCUGCACACACGCGACGAAUUCGAAGGUCGCUACUAAACUGGUUAUGCGUAACAGCAAUCCCCGGCGAUAAGCCGCAGGCUGCUGCACGUGCAUCAUGGGUCAUUGGUGUGAUCAUUGAUGGAGAUCAGUGUACCCUAGAACAGACAUGCGGGCGCGAAUUUCGUGCGAAGCAAGAUUGCGCGGGGUCAGGUACCGUGAUUUCAAUUCGUGAUUGCGUGGACAAAGUAUGCGAUGUGUAGUUGAGGAGCCUGAAAGUGCCACAGCACUCCCCAGGGCAUAGCAAGCACCUCUGAUAGCAAGCUGACGACGUACCGACUCUUUGUGACUGUGCCACGAGAUUGUGGUCGUGGUCGGGGUGCAUCACAUUUCCGACGGAACGCUGCGGGGGCAAGGCUCCCUGGGCAUCCCCGCCGGCGCUGCCGACUGUGCGGCACCUGCGAUGUGCAGAUGCGUGCAGAGUGGCUAGCGACGAAGGCUCCAACGCACUUAGGGGGGCAUAAUCUAGGUUCUAGGACCGUACAACGGCCUGCGUGGCCAGCGGCUUCGUACCUGUUCGUACUUACGUCCGGUACAUGUACUACAAGCUAAAUCAGACAGGUGGCGUCUGGUGCGUCUGCAUGCAUUUCAGGGAUGUGGGAUGUGUGGCCCGGACUGGAGUCUGGAGGUUGGGGAUACCGCGUUGCGCUGUGCCAGAAUGGUGGAUGCAUGGGCAGACCAGCAUGGCAAGUGGAGGAGUUUAGCUGGUAUGUAUGUUGUGGAUGUCUCUCAUGGUGUUGGUACAAGCCCGCAUUCCUGUCGUAGAUACCAAAUUCUGGAUCAGGCCAGGGAAACGCGGCGUUUAUGUCAUGGGCAGUUACGCAGUUGUAUGCGUGGACAUUUGCCUUAGGGCCACGCAGCUUACAUGCGUGCGCACUCGACAAUCAUGCAAACACCCCAGUGCAUGUUGCG